AUGAGUUACAGCCCGCGUAGUCCGGCUGACGUGCUCGCGGCACGCCCCAACGGUGCCCCAAGUCGCAUCCCAGUCCACUCCAUCGUGGGCCACAAGAGGACAGGAUCUGGUCGCAUCGAGUACAAGGAGAACAUAAUCGACGAGGAAGGUGCCCCCUUCUCACCGAAAGAGCUUCUGGGAGGAAGCGCGACCAAGCCAAGGUCCCCCUUCAGCCCGAUCGCACAUCCAGUCUCGAGAUUGGGCCGAAACAACCCGUCUAGGCUGAGCUGGCAAGCCCCCGAGUCGCCUCACGACUCCCAGAUCCCACGACCAAAGAUCUCUGCAUCUAACUCCGACCAUCUCAACGGCCAUCGAAGUGCAGGCUCACCUAUGCCAUCACCGGCCGACAGUGGCCGUCGGCGACGCCAGCCUCUAGGAUUGAAAGCCGCAUUCCAGCUCGCCGAGGUACAAGAGUCAAGAGAACGGAGCGGCUCCUCGUCUUCGAGUGAACCGAUCGAUCUGAGGAAAGCUUUUGAACUGGCCAAUGCCGAGGCGAAUGCAGUGGCGGUGGGAUCACCUAGCCCGGCUCCUCGUUCCUAUCGACGUAGGGAGUCGAUGGACACGAGAUCGAAUCAAUAUUUUGGCAGUGUUGGCGGCAUUGACCUCGGCCAGCGCCUGAAACAGUUCGACAAGAAUCACCAACUUGGUAGUGGCCAUGGAGCUUCUGAUGGACUUUUUACAACCAAGGGGCGCGCGGCAGUGCAAGUACCAGAUAAACGCAGCCAUGUGGAACGCCCACCAGAUGAGGGGGGCGGGAUCUCGGAUCAGGGCGUCGCUGAGCCUGAUGGUGCUCUUCCGUCUCCCGACUUUGAUCCUUUGCCGCCAGUUGACUAUGAAGACGAGGACGACUUUGGUAGCUCUCCGAUUGUGCGGCCUACUAAUCCGUCACCAGAGAAGAGUUUCAACUGGGACCUGGAUGCUGACUUCACAGCUGGUGAUCUGCAGGUAUCCGAUAGUCCUCGGAUAAAACUGGGCAGAAACAACAGCGCCAUCAAUGAUGCACCAGCAAACGGGACUCCACCGAAACGGACCAACGAUAAGCUCGAUAAGAUCCGGCAGCUGGAAAUCGAGGCUGCCAAUGCUGAGAUUCCCGAGGAAGAAUCUAGUCUCAUGUCAAGAAAAACAAAUCCUAGAUUGGACGAGAUUAGAGCACGGGAAAUGGUGGCAUUCUCUCCUCGGGCUAUGGCUCAGAGCAAAUUGGACGAGAUUCGCGCAAAAAAUGCCGAGGCUCGGUCUCGUUCAUCAUCACCUGAAGAAGCAAGGAAUUUUGGUGUUCAACCUACUCGAGAAAAGCCAUGGAGCUUUAGUAAGGAUAGGGAAAAUGGCAACCUCGAAGUCGGCAAAUCUGUUUCACCCAGGCAUAAUGCCCGACUUGACAAAUCGACAAGUGUAGAUGCUCGAAACCGAGGAACAAAGGAGAGUCCUUCUUCAAAGCAAUAUCAGCUAGACAUCAGAGACGAUUCUUAUGACCUGCUUCGCCGACUGACAGAGGCAACGAGCCCGCCCCAGAAGAACCCUACACAAUCUCGGGAGCCUCAAGUGUCUAUUGCGCCUGCUAUUGACGAAAUAUCAAGGGAAGCCGAAAAACAGUACCCACGUCCAUCUCACGAGGAACAACAUUCUGGGGACAUGCGAGUUAAGAGCUCCAGAGACAGACUCGGGGUUAACCUCCCCGGCAUGCUUAAGAGGCAUGCCGCUUCCUCAGAAACCGACCCUGUCGAUCGAAUCGAGGCCGAAAUGGAUCUCUUUGCGCUGGCUAAGUCCCAGUCGGAAAAGAGUUCACAGCGUGCUCCUUCGCCCGGUCUUUCGGAGAGGUCUGAGCCAAUCGAAGAAACACCAAAGCCCAAGAAUCGUGUUGACCCUCUGACACUUCCAACACCUCGCGUGACAGGGGCAUAUGUCGAAACUCCAGCCACGGUUAAGGUCAAGGUUGAGAGGGACUUUGAUUGGUCCGAUGUCGAGUCAGACACGGCAGCCUCACAGACGAAGAUAUUUCCCAAGCAAACAGCAGAUCCGAAGGAAUGGAAAGGCAAACACGGAGACAACGACUCUUCCAAAGGAAAAGUUAAUCGGCGUAGUAAGCGUCGAGUGAAACGUCGACAACCACUUGUCAAUACCGCCAAAAUACCAACCGUUAAAGAAGAUCUUCGCUUGAUCAGGCGCCAAAAUCACAUUGAAGAUUCGACUUUGGAUGAUUUUGAUGAGCUACUUGACAGCUUGGAUGUUGAAACAGUUGAGCAACAGCAACUGGACGACGACACUAUCAAGAGCGAAGACGACUUUGAUGCGAAACUCGGCCUGACAGAACAAGAGCGAGAACAGUUGGCAUAUGUUCGGAUGAGCAAGUCGCUGAAGACGGGUCUUCAAGGUAUCCGCUCUGCCAAGCAGGGCAUCGAACGCUUAGAAGACAGGAUAUCACAUUCCAAGCACAAGUCGAUGCACGACCAAGUUUCAACGAGCCUCGAGACACCAGGUGUAACGCUGGUACACCACCCGUCACUCGGUGAAUCCUAUGUCGCAUUGCCACUAUUCUAUCACCGCUACCCCAGAUUCCGACUUACGCCACUGGGCCUCUUCACCCUUCUGGUAGCCAUUUGGUACACUAUCGAAUCUGUCUUCUGUUCCCUAUACGUCGACACCUACGAAUGCCCUCGAGGAAUGACCUGCGACUGGUCACCGAAUGAGCCCUACUUUCCAUAUGCAGCACCCUUCAUGCUUGACGAGUGGAUCAGCGGCGGCAAGGGACGUUCGUUAGUAUGGCGUGUUGGUGAGGAAAUCGGCGAUGUGGCCGCCGAGGUAGCUGAUUGGGCUACCGGCCAUGACUUCACCAAGGACGAAGUCAUGUACAUGAAUAUUUGGGAUAGGCGUAGGCACAGGCGCAGACUGCACAAGCGUGGCCUGCAUAGAAAGUGGAUCGAGCCCAUACAACACAGGUUCAAGUUUCAAGCUUGGCGCGAGUCAUGGAAUGAAAAACAACGCGAGAUUGAUGAGGGCAUACCCAUUUGGGAAGACGAAAGUAUGAAUGGAGAUGAAGCAUUAUAA